AUGGCCGAGAGGGUAGAAGGUCUUUUAAUUCAACAAAUCACCUCGAUCGCGGCGAUACAACGAGUGAUCGUGAAUUAUAAAAAACUCCCGAAAGCUCAAGUUACGUUGGCCAAGUCUACCAAAGCGGAGGACCAAAAGAGCAUCUCCUACUUCAAGGACAACACUUUCCUCGAAGCAGAGGACGCCUACUUCGAAGCGGCUGACUUCCUCAGCGAGGCCAUCGCCCAGCUGCACGUCGGUGGUAAAACCUCAUCUGAACCAAGUCCUAUUGGACCACGUGAUUCCCGUCAGGAGACCACCCCCGAGGUAAAUUGCGCGUUUGCUGAAGAUAUAGAUUCUUCAUUGCGUCGUUUUUGGGAACUCGAAGAAGUGCCCUCGAAACCCCGGCUCUCCGAGGAAAAUGAAAGAUGCGAGCGUCACUUCCGCGAUACUCAUGCCCGCUCUCCUCAGGGCCGAUACAUCGUACGACUCCCAUUUAAGAGUGAGCCUCCAUUUAAUCUCGAAGGAUCUCGAAAAAUCGCUUCCCGUUUUUACGCGAAACUGGAGCAACGGCUGUUUAAGCAGCCGGAUCUCGAGUCUCAGUAUCAUGACUUCUUGUCGGAAUAUCUUUCCAUGGGUCACAUGGAACGAGUUGAAGAAGAACAGGCCCUGAAUCUCUCGGCAAUAUACAUCCUUCAUCACCCCGUCGUGCGACUAUCCAGCAGCACGACCAAGCUUAGAGUCGUAUUUAACGCAUCUGCAAAAACUCCAUCAGGAAAUUCGCUAAACGAUCACCUUAUGAUCGGUCCGAAACUGCAGCGAGAUUUAGCGGCUAUUAUCCUGCGCUGGCGAUUGUUUCGUUAUGUGUACACUGCGGACAUCACGAAGAUGUUCAGACAGAUCUUAAUCAAUCCAGCCGAUGCCGACUAUCAGAGGAUAUUAUGGCGAUCGCACCGAGAUCAACCCAUUUUUUCGUAUCGAUUGCUUACCGUGACGUAUGGUCUCGCCUCCGCGCCUUACCUUGCCAUUAAAGUUUUAGACCAAUUAGCUCUGGAUGAAGGCAGCAACUUUCCCGCUGCUAUUCCUGUUCUGCAAGAUUCAAUUUAUGUCGAUGAUGCCAUUUUCGGUGCGGACGAGAUUCAUACUCUCCGCGAUAUCCGCAACCAAUUAGUCGACCUCAUGCGUCGGGGGGACUUUCAACUCCGCAAGUGGGCCGCCAACGCGGCCGAAUUACUCGAAAACAUUCCUAUUGAAGAACAUGAAUCAGCUUCUGAUCGUCCGCUCGGUGAGGACGAGUCUCUGAAG